UAUCGUUACCCCUGCGGCGCGGCGGUCUGUCUCAAGCAAAACAAAGUAGGCUGCCAGUCAUCCAGCUAUCGCUGAUCGCUGCACUUUCCAAUCUGAAUUUGGUAGUCCGUUGAGAUUUUCACGUUCGUUAGUGCCGGGUGAUUUACUUUACUUUUCUCCCCGUCCCAUGAUUUUUGGCUUUGGGAAGGUAGAACGAAGAAGCCAUGGAGACCAUCGCGAACGCCGAGGAACCGUUCUUGGCCUCUUCAAGGCAGCAACCCUUGAGACAGUUGAACAGAAUUGCUAAAAGACCACCGGUGGAUAUAGAAUUUCAGGAUUUGACUUAUUCGGUUCCUGAUUCUAACUGCAAAGGGGGAUGGAGGCAACUUCUGAAAUCUGUAAAUGGAACUUUUAGGUCCGGCGAAUUGACGGCUAUAAUGGGACCUUCGGGUGCUGGUAAAUCUACUCUUCUAAAUAUACUAGCAGGAUACGUUACUACCGGAGUGAAAGGGAGCAUAAAAAUAAACAAGAGACCUAGGGAAAUGAAGCUAUUCAAUAAACUGUCCUCUUAUAUUAUGCAAGAGGAUCUGGUUCAACCCAGAUUAAGCGUCAGAGAAUCCAUGGUGAUCGCCGCCAAGUUGAAACUAAGUUCAACUAUAAGCAUAAAAGAAAAAAUGGCAGUGAUAGAUGAAGUCAUAAAUCUGUUGGGUCUGGAGAAAUGUUUGGAUACAAGGACCGAAUAUCUAUCAGGGGGCCAAAGGAGAAGGCUGACGGUAGCUCUGGAGUUGGUGAACAAUCCUCCGGUUAUAUUUUUAGAUGAACCAACAACGGGCUUGGAUAAUGUAGCCAUCAAACAGUGUAUAGAACUAUUAGAGAAAAUAACUCGAUUGGACAGAACAGUAAUAUGUACGAUUCAUCAGCCACCUGCGUCUUUGUUUCAAAAUUUUGAUCAGGUGUAUGUAAUGGCGAAUGGAUACUGCGUGUACAACGGUUCACCUAAUCAAUUGGUCCAGUUUAUGUCAGGUGCUGAUUUCAUAUGUCCCCCUACAUCCACACCGGCCGAUUACAUAAUAGAGUUAGUUCAGUCAAACCCAGACAAUAUUAACAUCCUUCAAACACAUAUUCAAAACGGAAAAUGCAAUAUGAAGGAGAGAAAAACAACUACAAAGAAUUUCGUGAACGAUACGUUUGAAUUAUACGAAAUAUACCAAGACACAACGCAAGCAGGAAGCACGCAGCAAGAUAUAAUCUUCCAAACCUCAUUCUGGACCCAAUUUAAUAUACUGUUGUGUAGAAUGCUGCUUCAGAUGAGAAGAAACCGAUCGAUGCUUAACAUUCAGUUCUUUCACCAUCUCAUAUCUGGACUGUUGAUAGGCGGAAUUUUUUUGGGAACUGGAAACGACGCGAGUCAGUCGAUGUCAGUAUUUAAGUACUGCAUCAGCGUGAACGUAUUCUUCAUGUACACCUACGUCAUGGCUCCUGUCCUACUAUUUCCAUUGGAAGUUAAAUUGCUGAAAAGAGAAUACUUCAAUAGAUGGUACAGCCUGAAAGCGUAUUAUAUGGCUCUAAGCAUAGCCAGCCUUCCUCUACUGAUAGUGAAUGUGUUGAUGUUUGCAUUCAUUGUUUAUGUCCUGGUCGAUCUACCUUGGGAGCCUGAUAGAUUUGCAUGGUUCUGUGCUCUGGGCUUGGCAUUGUCUAUGUGCUCACAAGGACUUGGAUAUGCUAUUGGGGCAUCAUUUGAUAUACUGAACGGCUCAGUUGUGGCGCCGCAUAUCCUUGCUCUGCUCCUAGCCCUCGCCGUAUACGGAAUGGGUUACAGAGCCGGCAUAGAGCCUCUGAUGAAGGUGCUAAUAUCAACGAGCUACCUAAGAUUCGGCCUGGUGGGGUUCUCUGCCACCCUCUUCAACGACCGAAAACCGAUGGAGUGCUUCGAAAUGUACUGUCACUACCGACGACCGGAGUUGGUUUUGAUGGAUAUGGGAAUGACCGACACCAAACCGUCCAACCAGUUCGUGAUCAUCAUGGGCUUCAUGUUCUUCUUCAGAUUGUUGUCUUAUUUGUUGCUGAAAUAUACCAUGACGUCUGAGUUGAGGAACACCAUCGCUCAUUAUGCCACUAAGAUUGUUCGACAGAAAGAACCUUAGGUGGUGUCACAACAAGGUACUCGAAUCGCGAAAAGUGGGAAAUUGUGACAGAAACUAUUCCAAAAUAGUUCGUCCAGUGUUUGUUUUCCCUUUCAUUUAUUUGAAUUGCCACUAUGCAAUAGAGUUGUUUUUUUAUUAUAUUUAUUUAUUUUGUUAUGUUAUGCACGUACUUCAUCCAAUAAUAUGUUCUUACAUGAAAAUUGUAAGUUAAUAAUUAGGUAAUUAGCUACUUAGUGUACUAGUUGAAUAAUUUCUAGUACGUUUCUUCUCAAUGGUGUACAAAUGUAUUUAAUUUUCCUACAUAGAUGGUAUGCAUUUUAAAUGUUGUCAAUAAAGCAUUUUUUAGAAAUAUUCUUAA